AACCACUUUAGUCGCGUCAUAGAACGUUCUAGUCGCGUCAUAGAACUCCUUUUGGUUGACACUCAGAUCGACACAGACGAGUUUAACAAUUAUUCCGCGCUGUACUUGUCUGACACACGUUCGUUCGCAUAAAGGCUAUUCUACAAUUGCCUGUCAUUAGAAAGAAUUGACAAUAUCAACUACGAUAAUCAGAACCGAUUAAACACAUAGAGUAUAUAAGCCUGCUGGAGAUAAUAUUGUAGCACAUUACUUUCAAAAUCACAGCACUGAAAGGAAAGGCAGUCAUGACGAGCCCAAAAGAUUACAGUGAAUCUGACACGAUACAAAAGUAUCAUAUAACGCUUAUAAUUGAAGAAUUUAUCGAGAAACUAAAUAAUAUAUGUGGAAAAUGUAUGGACAUCGGCUGUGGUCCUGGAGAUACAACAAAAGAUUUUCUAUUACCGGCUCUUCAUCCACAGGCACAAAUAAUUGGUACGGAUAUUUCGGAGAAAAUGAUCAAAUAUGCGAAUGAAACAUUCAGUGACAUAAAACGACUUCGAUUCGAAAUACUGGAUAUUGAAACUAAAAAUUUACCGACAAAAUAUAUUUCUGAAUUUGAUCAUGUAUUUUCAUUUCAUACCUUGAUGUAUUGCAACGACAUUAGACAAGCACUCAAGAACAUAUAUCAAAUACUACGACCUAAUGGAACAUUGCUUUUCCACAUAAUAGAGUCUCAUGAUACAUUUGAAGUUCUUAGAAUUUUGGCGCGGGAUAUUCGCUUUGAACAGUAUAUACCGGAUACAAUGAAAAACGUUGGGCUAUUUCAUAAGACAAAGAAUGCUCGCAAAGAGUUAAAAGAAUUACUUCAAAGUGCCGGAUUUACAGUUCACCAUUGCAGUCUUCGAGAAGCGAGCUAUACUGAUAAAAAAUCAAAACCGAUAAAAAAUCAGAAGUUACUGAAAGCAGUUUUAUCCGUUUUGACAUUUCUGGAUAACAUGCCAUAUGACUUGAAAGAAGAAUACAAAAAUAUGUUUGUAGACGAAUACAUGAAAAGAAAAAUUCAUUAUAAAUCAAUACAUAAUGAAGAGCUUAUAUUAGAUCUAUACAAAGGAUUAGUAGUUUAUGCACAGAAAAUUGUGUAACAAUUAUAUAGUAUUAAUACACAAAUAAUCGUAGAAUAAAACUAAAAGAUGUUAAUACUUUUGUAGCAGAAGUAUUUAUAUUAACAGAUGUUUAUAACAUUAAUCAUAAGAUAGUAAACUUGUUUUUUACCUUAAACGUGAAUUAUAUUGUCGUCUUCGUCAUG